AUGCCCUGGAGACGAUUUACCGAUAGGUUCUUCAAGAAGCGCGAGGAUCCCUUGCUGCCCAUCACGGAAGAAGCUAAAGAAGAGAAGAACUACGACACCACAGUUGCUGAUGGAUCAUUUACGACGGACAACGAGAAAUAUGACCCGGCAGAUCCAGCAUGGACUGCGCUGCCAACUAUCCCCGUAGGCGCUCACGCACGACCCGAAAUCAUAGUCACUGCACCUGAGGAUGACAGUGAUGCGCCACCUUCUGGUACUAUCAGAGCAGAUGACUCUGGUCGUGCCGACUACGAGAGAGAUCUUGCUCAGUCUGCUGUAUAUCGACCGAGGGUGUUUUCCAACCCUUUUGGCGAUGACCAGCAAUCAGCUGGCUGCAUAGGUGAUACUCAAGGACCACCACAGAAGCUGAAGUCUCCAAGCCAACCGGCAUUACUUCAACCCGCAGCACAAACAGCGCAGAUAAGAAACUUCUCCAAGCCAACCUACGCUUCGAGUGGGACCAAAAUCACAUGGCUGCCAGACCCAAACGUCUUCCCCGCCGACUACAAGAGGAGGCAGUCAUCAUGGGGGCAAGACUCACGCCUACAAAGGCCGGCCGGAAGGGGGAGGCAGGUAUCGACAAUAUCGACCCUCAGUGUGCAAAGCGAAUAUCCCAGGAUCGUGGAUCCCGUGGAUCCAGCCAGAAAACUAUCGCACAGAAACCUCGUCUUCCAAAGAAUCAUGUAUUUGGGAAUCGUGGUCACUCUAAACAUUGGCUGCCUCAUGGCCGCUCUCUUCAGUCAUCAGGGCCUGUGGGUUUUCGUCUUCAUUCUGGUGAUCAAGAGCAAAGACGUGCUCUCCGCCCUCCUGUCACCAAUUGCAAUGAUGAUCAGAUGGGUAUAUCGCUUAUUCAAGCCGCUGAAAGAAGUGCCGCCGAAAUGGAUCUUGUCGCUGAUUCCAGCCUACUCGGAAAGCGAAGAGCAGAUUGUCAAAUGCAUCUUCUCGUUGCGGGACAACGGCAUCGGACCCCAUCGACAAGUCAUGUGUGUCGUUCUGGAUGGCAAACCGCGAGACGUGAAAUCACGCUUCACCAAGCUCCUGGCGACCAUUGAAAGACCGUAUGUCUCGUUCAAACAUCGCCUCGGCGAGCUCCGGAUUCAUGCUGGCUUCAUGGAAGAUGUGCCCGUGAUCAUUAUCGAGAAGAAGAGGAAUGCCGGCAAGAAGGAUUCUCUGAUUCUCGCUCACGACCUGUUCAACUUUCCGCGCAAGAAUGUGCCGCUGUACACCGAGCUUCUCCGUACAGAGAUCUGGCAGCACAUCUUGCCGGACCUGACCGACGAGUUUCCCUUCGGCGGGUUCGACAUGAUCUUCUGCACCGACGCCGACUCGGUCAUCCACCGAGGAGCACUGUCAUCGUUGUGCAACGCGCUCGCUCGAGAGGAGAAUUCAAUUGCUGCCUGUGGCCUCGUUCUUGUUGAGCUCGAACCGGGCCGCGAGUGGUCUGCAUGGAACAUGUACCAACAAUUCCAGUACUGUUUCGGCCAAUUCGUGCGCCGUCGAGCCGAACAUUUCUGGGGCAAAGUGACCUGUCUCCCCGGCUGCAUCACGAUGAUCAAGUGCCGACCCGAAUGCGCAGGCGCCAUUGCCAAAUACGCCGAACCGGUGACUACCAUGCCAGUCCUCCAUCACCAAGUGCAAUACCUCGGGACUGAUCGACGCCUAACAUACUGCCUACUGUCGCAGAACAUCAAACUGACGACUCUGUUCGUCCCCGAAGCAGUCAGCGAAACAGUGGCGCCGCAAUCGCUCAAACAUUACCUGAGCCAGCGUCGACGGUGGGGAUCGAACGCCUAUUUCAACAACUACUUCUACAUGACGGGCGAGAAAAUGUCGCCCAUCACCCGGGUAGCCGCGUUCAUCGAGGUCCUCCGUCUGAGCAUGGUCUACUACCGCUUCUGCAACACGAUCCUGCUGAUCCGCGAAGUCAUCGUGGAGGUCAUCCACCAUAAAUUCAGCACCGCCCGCCUCAUCCCCCUGUUGGCCGUCAGCCAGUUCCCGCUCAUGUGGUUCUGCAUUUCGGUGCUCAUCGAGAAACAGCUGCGCUGUCGUGCUCAUAAGUUGUUGAUGGGAUUUUGCAUCAAUAAGGGCAUUUCGUCGUUUGUCUCCAUGUUUGUCUUUUGGAGCGUCUGUCGAAACGUCGGCUCGCAAGUCUGGGGCAUUUCCGGUAUCACUGCCGCUGGCGGCGCAGCUCCGACAUCAGCGACAGCCGGCACCGCAGCGUCCGUGUCAUCGUCGGCACCGCCAUCAAUAACAUCAGCAGCAGCUGGUGCUACUCCAAUGGUCACCACAGCCGGCGGUGUGCCGGCUAUCCCAGCCGUGCCUGUCGUACCAGCCGCACCUCUGGUCAAGUCCGUGCGCAUCGAACCCAGUAUCCCAGGCGCACCGGCAUUUGCUGCUGUCGCGGUGCCACUGGCAGCGCCUAUACCUCCCAAGGAAUGA